CCUACCAAACUUUGCUCUUCAGAGAGUUGCCGAUAAGUUAGCGGCGCCGUAGGCCGCGAACUCGCCAUGGCUCUCUCUACACAAUACCAUGAGCACAAGCCAAAUGUGCCAAUUAUUAUGGAAGAUGUGUUUGGCUGGGUGCGGGAAGGCAACGCAUUUCAGGUUCGAGUGUGGCUCGACGAUCAUGAGCAUGAUCUCAACGUAGGCGAUGAUCAUGCCUUUUCUCUGCUUCACUGGGCUGCCAAAGAAGGCCACGUCUCAAUAGCUGAGAUGCUAUUGUCUAGAGGAGCACGAGUGAAUGCCACAAAUAUGGGUGACGAUACUAGUCUUCACCUCGCUGCGGCACAUGGGCAUAGACCAAUUGUCGUUAAGCUUCUCGCUCGCAAAGCCGACGUACAUGCGACGAACGAGCACGGAAUGACUCCACUGCAUUACGCAUGCUAUUGGGGAUAUGAACAGAUUGCGGAGGAUUUGAUAAUUUCUGGAGCACAAAUCGGUGCAUGUAAUAAGCGAGGGCAAACUCCUAUGGAUGUAUGUCAGGGACCCAGUCGGCAAGCCAUCGCUGAAAUUGCCAUUGAGAACGGACAAAAUCCAAACGAACGAAUACCCUUCAAGGAUCAGACUUGGAAAGGAACGAAGUCUCGCACCCGUGAUGCAACUUUGUCCAGAUAUACAGGAGUAGACGUCUCCUCACUGAACCUCAUCACCAAGAUUGCUGAGUCCCAUACGGGAGAACUGUGGCGUGGUAAAUGGCAAGGAAACGACAUCGUGGCUCGCAUUCUAGCUGUGCAGGAAGUCACCCCACGGAUAUCCCGUGAUUUUCAGACUGAGUUUCCAGCUCUUAGGAUUUUCGCUCACACAAACAUCUGCCCAGUUUUGGCAGCUGCAAAUCAACCUCCGAAUCUAGUUGUUAUCAGCCAGUAUAUGCCUUUUGGUAGUCUCUACAAUGUGCUUCAUGAGCAAAGCUCCGUUGUCAUCGAUCACAGCCAAGCCAUUCGUUUCGCUGUGGAUAUAGCUCGAGGAAUGUCAUAUUUACACAGUCUCGAUCCUCCCAUUCUCAGGUACUACUUAUCGAGCAAGCAUGUGGUAGUGGACGAAGAGUUAACAGCGAAACUCUCAAUGGCAGAUACGAAAUUCUCAUUUCAAGAAGUCGGAAGGUUAUACUCCCCUGCAUGGAUGAGCCCAGAGGCACUCCAAAGAGAUCCUGAAGACCUAAACAUCAGAGCAGCAGACAUGUGGAGCUUCGGUAUCAUGUUGUGGGAAUUGAACACUAGAGAAGUGCCUUUCUCAGAUCUUCAACCGAUGGAAUGCGGAAUGAAGAUAGCUCUCGAAGGCCUUCGAGUGCAGAUUCCUCCCGGCAUUUCUAGAAAUAUGGGACGAUUGAUGAAUAUAUGUCUCAAUGAAGAUCCAGGCAGAAGACCAAACUUUGAUCAAAUAAUACCUAUCCUCGAGAAGAUGUCACAAUGAUAAUUUGUAUAUAUAGCUUCAAUCAAGACCUUGUAACGCUCUAAAGAUUAUAGAAGUGCCAAGCAUAAUUUUUAUCUUUUUUAUUUGCGGUUGAUCGUAAGAGAAGAUCGAUUGAAAAUGUAUUUUUUCACGUUAUGUGCAUUGCCAAAUUCGGUGCUUUCCAUUAACUGCUUGUUCAUCCUCGAUCGAUGCAUGCUGGGAGCCGAUUUUAUGUGAUUUUUAUGAAAUGAUGGUUCUCAACCUGACUGCCCAAAGGUUUUCUAAUAAAGUUUAGCCUU